GUGCCAACGCUGAUUAAUUAUACUUCUCGUUGUCUCAAUUCCAUCUCAUCUUACCCUCAUCUCACCGAGCUCCGUCAGCACUUCUACGAGAUCGGGGACAAACCAACUAGCACCCACAAUUGCAAGCACGAAAUGCCUACGCAAACCGAAGAAGCCCGCACCGCCGUAACCAACGAAAACUUACCACCCGUCAAUCCUACGCCAGCUCCACAAGACGUCCAGGACAAUGAAGCCCGCUACACAGCCCUCCGUUAUCGUGCCUCGCUGGGCGUCCUCGUUGUAGCGCCGGCUCUGAUCCUUCUCCCCCCGCGCAAGAUGGAUCUUUUCACCUUCGGCCUUGGUGCUUCCUGGAUCUACUGCCUCGGGGAAGUUGCGGAUCAGCAUGGCCGCGACCCCUGGCGUGGGUUUAAGCGGUAUGAGCAGUUUGGGAAAGGGGAGUUAGAAGGGAGGGGCACAGGGAGGGCGGUUGAGGUUAAUAGCGAGAUGGCUAAGGUUGGUGGAUGGAAGGGGGAGAAGGUUGUUAGGGAUGUUCGGCCUAAGGAGGAGGAGGGGAAGAGUAUUUCUCAGAUCAUUACGGAGCGGGUAUGGGAUGUUUGGGAGCAGAAGGAUAGUGAUCAGGAGGAGGGGAAGAAAGGGAAGAAGGGGAAGGGGUGAGUGGGAGUUGGUUGGGGAUUGAGUUGUGGGUUGCCCUUGUUCUUGUAUUUAUUGGGUCACUUAUUGCUGCUAAUCCUUCUGUAUCGUGUUGACCGCUGCCCGCCAUAGGGCUCUGCUCCUGCUCUUCUGCUCCUGCGUAUUUAUAACUACGUAUUUGUGACAAUUCAUUUCCCAACUAGAGACGGCUCUACUCUAAUAGUACUGCAUGUCUAUUUGGAACC